AUUUUUCAAUCGCUCUCUCUCCUUGUCCUGUAUUUAUAUGCGCUCUAUAGCUUCUCGUUGAUUUCGCAGUUCGUUUAUUUCUAUAUCAUAGGUGAAUGUAUAUGGAAUAUAGAUCACAGUACACUUUACUGAAUUCUAUUCCUUAACUCGCAGGAAGUCCAUAACUACGGAUCAGCGGCUGAAGUUUAACAGAAGAGUAUAAACUUUGUUUUUGAAGCUGCAGAAUGGGACAGAGAACAGGAAUUUACACUUGGAGUGAUUAGUGAAUGAAUCUGGACCGUGGUCAGAAAGUCGGGGUUCUGCUUGUCUCCAUGGAUACGGCCAGAGCUUUUGCCCAGAAUCCAGCCAAAAUAGUCUUUCCGUUGUGCCCUUGUUAAAGGACGGAGCAAAUUUGUAUUUGGACAGUAGAGCUAAAGAGUGUGGAGUAGCUAUUCACCAUGUGGUGUUGCACCUGGCUCUGGCUGGGUGUGUGUGUGGUGCUACUGGACACAUGCCUGUCACAUAGCUUGUUCACCUGUGAACCGGUGCAGGUGCAGUGGUGUCACAACAUGCCAUACAACAUGACCUUCUUCCCUAACAUGCUUGAGCACUAUGACCAGGACAUUGCUGCCAGCAAGAUGAAGCACUUCAUGCCACUGGUUAAUCUGCGUUGCUCCCCAAAUGUGCAUUUGUUCCUGUGCCAGGCCUUUGUUCCAGAGUGUACACAGCAAACACAAGUGCGCCAGCCCUGUAGAGAGCACUGUGUGCGUGUCUUCUCUGACUGUGAACAAAACAUGCGCACCUUUGGCAUCACUUGGCCACUGGAGCUAUCGUGUGACAGGUUAAAGCCCUGUCCCACCUCUGCAGAUGGAGCUACUGAUUUGCCCCAAAAAGACUUAACAACAUCAGCCAGUAGAAUAUCAGCCAGUAGAGAUUUGGGCUUCUGGUGUCCCAUACAGCUGAAGACCCGUCCUGGUCAGGCUUCCUCCUUCCUGGGUGCUCAGGACUGUGCUCCUCCAUGUGACAACAUGUACUUCAAAACACAUGAGAUUGAGCUUGCCAAGAUGUUUAUCGGCAUCAGCUCUAUUGUUUGCUUGUGUGCCACACUAUUUACGUUCUUCACCUUCCUCAUUAAUGUCAAGCGUUUCCGCUACCCAGAGCGGCCAAUCGUCUUCUAUGCCAUAUGCUACAGCUUUGUGUCUCUCAUUUACUUUAUCGGAUUUUUGCUGGGUAAUGAAGCAGCUUGUAACAAGCCCACCAUGCCUGGCACUGUAUCCACAGUGGUGCUGGGGAGCCAGAGCAAAGUCUGUACACUGCUCUUUAUGAUGCUCUAUUUUUUCUUCACUGCUGGAAUGGUCUGGUGGGUUAUUCUCACGAUCACCUGGUUUCUUGCAGCAAGGCCCAAGUGGAGCUGUGAGGCCAUUGAGAAGAAGGCUGUGUGGUUCCAUGCAGUGGCCUGGGGCCUCCCAGGGAGUCUUACUGUCAUUCUGCUAGCCCUCAAUAAGGUGGAGGGGGAUGGAAUCAGUGGUGUGUGCUUUGUUGGCCUAUAUGACCUGACAGCUCUGAGAUGGUUUGUGCUGGCUCCUCAGGCUCUUGGUGUGCUAGCUGGACUCUCACUCCUCCUCGCUGGCAUUGUUUCACUUAACCAUGUGCGACAAGUGAUCCAGCAUGAUGAGCGCAACCAGGAGAAGCUGAAAAAGUUCAUGAUACGCAUAGGUGUGUUCAGUGGCCUGUACCUGCUUCCUCUGCUCACAUUGCUGGCCUGCUAUCUGUAUGAGCAGGCCCUGCGGAGUAGCUGGGAAAACACAUGGGUCAAUGAACACUGUCAGGAGUAUAGCAUCCCCUGCCCCUACAGAAAGAUUGAAGCUGCUCGGCCAGAACUAUCUCUGUUCCUGAUUAAAUACCUGAUGACACUUGUAGUGGGCAUCUCAGCAGUUUUUUGGGUUAGCAGCAAGAAGACAUGGUCAGAGUGGGUCUACUUUUUCAGCAGAACACGGAAAGAAGACCCUGUCAGUGAGAGUUGGCGAGUCUUGCAGGAGUCUUGUGAAUUCUUCAUGAAGCACAACAACCGUGUACAGCAUAAGAAAAAGAACUGCAAGCCCAGCUCACACAAGCUUAAGGUCAUCUCCAAGUCCAUGGGCACCAAUACCAGUGCUCAAACAACCAACACAACUAACCAUGACUUAGCUUUCUCCACUAGCAACUUCUACAAGGGAACACCUGUUUCAGGGUCUGAGAUGCGGGGUUCAUCUAAAUCAUCUGUACAGGAGCAAGCUGCCUCGGGAAAGAUGUCUAGCCUGAGCAACAAGGAGCAAAAGAGCAGCAAAUCUGGCAGUUCCAUUAAAGUCAGUGGCACCGGGGAGCCUCUGCAGAGCCCCUAAAUUAUUGAUGUGUUUGAACAGCAGGGGUGUCAAACACACAGCCUGAAAAGAAGUGAUUAUCUGAGCCAUAUUAUAAGCCUUUGUAAAACUGAAUUCCAUAUCGUUAAACCCGGUCAAACCAAUAAAACUGUCCAAGUGAAGUCGUUAUUCUGUCCAUAGAACACCCUCAUCGUUUCCUUUGGUUAAACUUUUCCUAAAACAGAUUUUUUGCUAAUAUUAUUAAUAAUAAAUUAUUUAUUGAAUACUGUAUUUUUAUAAUAUAUUUUUGCAUUUCAGGCUCCCCGUGACCUGAUGAUAAUUCAGAUAAGCCUUACAUAAAAGUGUUUUACUCUGUUUUAUGCUGAACAUAAAAUCACUGUAAGGUGAUUAUAGUUAAUAAGCACACUUCUGUCAUGUGGCCUGAUGAGUUUGACACCCCUGUUGUUUCAGACUUAAGCUUAAUUUUUAAAUGGGUUAUGUGAUGACAAAUUUACCAUGCAAGUCAGAUUUACUUUACAUUAAUUUACUAAGACGUUGUAGUCAUUACAACCACUGCAAAGUCAACCCAGAAUGCCAUCUAACUGUCUUUAUGUGUUAUUUAAAGUAUGAUGCCAAACUGAAGUGCAGCAGCCUAUUGUUUCUUUUCAUUUUUGAAAG